AUGGCGGACAAGCAAACACGUUAUUACUUCCCCUCCCCACAAACACUAAAUAUUGUCAACUCUGAAACAAGGCAUCUCUACCAUAACUGUUCUGUUUCCGCACAGAUAUUCUGCGGGCAUAUCCCGUGCCCACUUCCGCCAUGUAACCGGCCUCUCGUGACGUCACCGGGAGACUGCUGUUGGGCUCAGAGAGUCUGUGUGAAUGUCAAGCACUGGAAAUAUGUAGCCUCGGACCCGUGUCCCAUCAACUGCACGCAAGGCGGUGUCCACUUCUGCCACCCCAUACCGUGCCCCAUACCCUCGUGUGUUGACGGCGAGACCAAACCAGGAGAGUGCUGCGCGUCAUGUCCUAAUAGUAACCGUUGCUAAGAUCAGAUAUACUAUAUUUAUGUAGAUGCUGUGAUAUGAGUAUAUUUAAAGCAUUUUAACUAAAGUG